AACAAAUAUUUAAUCAAACAAUUGAUUGAUUUAUUUAUUUGAUAACAAUAUAUAAGACAUCAUAACAUUGGAUGCAAUCAAUCAAUAGAUAAUAUCGUUGGACAUGAAGUUUGGUGACACUUAGGUUGUUGUCUCCGUUCAUAAUAACCGGCGAAGAAAUAUUUAUGGACGCAAUGAGUGCCACCAAUAAUGCUUCGACAUCUUCAUCCACAACAAGUGAGACAUCGGUUCAACUCAAGAAUAACCUGCAAAGGAUUGCACUGAAGAAACAACAGCUUAAGACAUGGACAAGAAGUAAGAAAUUGGAAAAACUAGGGGUAUAUUCCCAGUGCAGGGCUAACGACAACACAUGCAAAUGCAACGGAUGGAAGAAUCCCAACAACAAUACCAUUGCCAACAACGACAAGAACUCCGACCGACACAACAAUGCCGUCUCACAAAUGACUGAUCCCUGUCGUAGUUGUGGACAUCCUCUAAGUGCUCACGUAAACCAUUUAGAAGCUGUCAAAGAGGAGGAAUUGGACAGAUUGUUGGGUAUCGUUGUCGAUGUGGAAAACCUAUUUAUGUGUGUCCAUAUUGAAGAAGAUACCGAUACAAAACAAGUUUAUUUUUAUUUGUUUAAAUUAUUGAGGAAAGCCAUUAUGCAAAUGAGUCGACCAUCAGUUGAGGGACCACUUGGAAAUCCCCCCUUCGAGAAGCCAUCAAUUAAAACGGGUGUUAUAAACUUUGUUUGCUAUAAAUUUAGUCACUUGUCUGAGAAAGAGUGGCAAACAAUGUAUGAUUUGGCCAAAAUGUUUCUCCAUUGUCUCAAUCAUUGGAAGUUAGAGACACCUCAGGCUCACAAACAGCACUCACCUAAUGAAGAUGUGUCGGCAUAUAAGAUCAAUUACACGCGUUGGUUGUGUUACUGUCACGUACCAGCUUUUUGUGAUAGUUUGACUCACUUCGAGACUUCAUUAAUAUUUGGACGAACGCUCUUACGAUCUGUAUUUCAAACAAUGAGAAGACAAUUAUUAGACAAAUUUCGAGCAGAAAAGGACAGAAUGCCAGCCGAUAAGCGAACUCUUGUAUUGACUCAUUUUCCUCGUUUUCUUUCAAUGCUUGAAGAAGAAGUCUAUUCAAACAGUUCUCCGAUUUGGGAUCUCGAAUACAAGCAGAAUAUGCCAUCAUUUGCUUCAAACUCAGCGAAAAGUACUUCCAAUUUAAACAACUCUCUGACCUCAAUACCAAUUAGUUUAUCACCAGAUUUACAAUCAAAAUCAUUUCUUAACGUAAGCACCGGUACAAGUGCUUUGUUAUCUUCAACUCCAUCGUCAUCAUCAGGUUUUACUACAUUUAAUUUAAGUCCCGGUUUAAUAACAUCACCGAAAAGCACUCGAAGUGAAAAACGGAUUAGAAGUAAUUCUGAAGUAACUAAUGAAGUCAAAGUCGAACCUCCGACUAAAAAAUCGAAGAUCUCUAUUACGGGUGAUAUCGGCGAUGAUGUUAUCUCUCGUAUUAUUAAAGAAAUGAACAAAUCUAAGACAGUUAUCGAGACUACUGCUGCUCUCUUACCGGAAAUAUCAGCCAGAGAUGAGUCAGCGAGGAGUGAGGAGAAGAAAGGGAUUAUAAGUUUUCAUAUUGUGGCCAAUUCUUUGACAAAACCGGUGGAUAAACAGGACCUCAUUUGGUUGAUUGGACUGCAAAAUGUGUUUAGCCAUCAAUUGCCACGAAUGCCAAAAGAGUAUAUCACUCGAUUAGUUUUUGAUCCAAAACAUAAAACAUUAGCACUAAUUAAAGACUCAAAUAAAGUAAUCGGAGGAAUAUCUUUCCGAAUGUUCCCAAAUCAAGGUUUUUCAGAAAUAGUGUUUUGUGCGGUCACUUCCAACGAACAGGUCAAAGGUUAUGGCACACAUCUAAUGAAUCAUUUGAAGGACUAUCACGUUAAGCAUAAAAUAUAUCAUUUUCUGACGUAUGCCGACGAGUUUGCAAUCGGUUACUUCAAGAAACAGGGUUUUACUAAAGAUAUAAGACUUGCAAAGUCUGAAUACUUGGGUUAUAUCAAGGAAUACGAAGGCGCGACUCUCAUGGAGUGUCAACUCAACCCAAGCAUCACUUAUAUCAACUUGACUUCAGUUAUCCGAAAACAAAAAGAAAUUAUUAAGAAACUUAUUGAUGAAAAACAAAAGAAAUCACACAAAGUAUAUCCGGGACUGACUUUUUUUAAAGACGGACCCAAAGAGGUGUCCAUUGACUUGAUUCCCGGUAUCAAAGAGUUGUCGGUCGUUAAAGCAGACAAACGAAAAGUAAAGGAAGAGCAGAACAACGACUCUGAGAAUAAUUUGAUGAUUACUUUUAAGACAAUUUUAGGCCAAUUAAAGAAUCACAACAGUUCGUGGCCUUUCCUUAGACCAGUAGAAACAACAGAAGCACCCGAUUAUUAUGAUUACAUUAAGUAUCCCAUGGACUUCAAAACCAUGACUGACCGCUUCAAAAACAAAUAUUAUAUAAAUAAACGUCUCUUUAAUGCCGACAUUAAUCGUAUAUUUCAGAAUUGUCGGGCAUAUAACAGCCCCGACACAGAGUACUACAAAUGUGCUAACACUUUGGAGCGAUUUUUUAUUAAUAAAAUGAAAGAAGCGGGACUUUGGGAUAAAUAGUUGACCACAAUUUACACAAUCAUAUUAAUUAUUAUUAUUGACAUUUACAGUAUUUUAUUUAUGUUAUUUAAUUUGACGAUAACGUAGUUAUUAGUAGUUAUUUAGUGUAUAUAUAUAAUUA